UGAAGGUGAAAGUUGUGUCUCAGUAUAGGCCUGAGGUGUAGAUUGUUCUGUAAAAACGUGUAGAUAUGCACAUAUAGAGACUAUUAGAGUGGUUAUGGAUUUAAAUCAACUAUUUUGAAUGUGAAGUGGAGGACGUGAAGACCACUAAAGUUAAAAUGGCAGAGUCCAGAGUUCAUAAUCAGUUUAAACUCACCUCAGAACACAAGGUGAAGGCUAAUGUUGGUGAAGAGGUCACCCUCCCCUGUCACCUCUCACCUGACACCAGUGCUGUUGCCACGACGAUCAGGUGGUUUAAAGAGACAGAGUGUAUUUACCUGUAUCAGAAUGGCCAGGUGACAGAGAGGAGUGGCUAUGAGGGCAGAGUGAGUCUGGUCACCCAGGAGCUGGAGAGAGGCAACGUGUCUCUGAGGUUGAGAGACUUCAGGGUGUCAGAUACAGGAGACUACAUAUGUCAAGUCAUCCAUGGAGAACAGAAGGAGGAGGCUGUAGUGGGUUUAUUGGUCAGAGGAGGUAAGUGUUCUAGAAGUCCAGUAAUGUUUCUAAACACCUAAACAACAACAAUAACAACCAGUCUCUUUCCCUGUACAGAACACUUGUACUUUCUCAUGUAGGUAGGAGUUCAUAGUAGGAGUUACAGAUGAAUAGACUAGAUUCAUUCUGAAUAUCAACUAGUUACAAUGCAUAUUACCAUCACUGUGAGCUUUGAGCUGGUCCUAAAACAUUAGAACCAUUCCAACAUUACUGUCACGUCCCUUGAUUGUCAUUAGUAAUGAAUGUGAUGAACACUCAUACCCCUCUGAUGUACAUCACAUCACUAUGGUAUUUGAGAGGAUAA